AUGUACUUGGUCACCUUUAUUGGGAACCUUCUCAUCAUCUUGGCCACCAUCACUAGCUCCCAUCUCCACACCCCCAUGUACUUCUUCCUUGCCAACUUUUCCUUUGUAGAUAUAUGUUUCACCUCCACCACUGUCCCAAAGAUGCUCCUGAAUAUCCACAACCAUAACAAAACCAUCACCUAUCAAGGCUGCCUCACCCAAAUAUAUUUUUUCAUGCUUUUUGCAGAGUUGGAUAUUUUUCUCCUUUCUAUAAUGGCUUAUGACCAAUUUGUGGCCAUCUGUCACCCACUGCACUACACAGUCAUCAUGAAUCCCAGACUCUGUGGCUUGCUGCUGCUGUCGUCCUGGAUAUUGAUUGUUUCUUUGUUUUAUGGUACAGGUCUUGGGGUCUACCUCAGUUCUGCCACUACCCAGAAUUCCAGGGCAAGUGCAAUAGCCUCAGUGAUGUACACCAUAGUCACACCCACGCUGAAUCCCUUUAUCUAUAGCCUGAGGAACAAGGACAUAAAAAGGGCCCUGAAAAGUCUUGUUGGGAUUGUCACUUUAAAUGAGCAACAAAAAUGUUUGCCUUGA